UUAUAAAACAGUCGUCAUCUUCGUCUUCAACAUUCACUCAAUCAAUCUACACUCAUCAAAACGACGAUGCAGAAGCUAUGUACAGUUAAGUCGUUGUGUUCUUCGCUAUUAAAGAAGCAAAUACAACGCGCUUCUUUCUCUACAUCUCUUCUCCUUGACGAUACUCAGCUUCAGUUUAAAGAGAGUGUAACUCAAUUCGCUCAAGAAAAUAUUGCUCCUCAUGCUUCCAAGAUUGAUCAAACUAAUAAUUUUCCCAAGGAAGUUAAUUUGUGGAAGCUUAUGGGAGAUUUUAAUCUUCUUGGAAUUACUGCACCUGAGGAAUACGGAGGAUUAGGCCUUGGUUAUUUGUAUCAUUGUAUAGUGAUGGAAGAAAUUAGUCGAGCUUCAGGAUCCGUUGCGCUUUCUUAUGGUGCUCAUUCUAAUCUGUGUGUCAAUCAGUUGGUGAGAAAUGGAAGUCCUGCUCAGAAACAGAAGUAUUUGCCAAAGCUUAUCAGUGGAGAGCACGUUGGAGCUCUUGCAAUGAGCGAACCCAACGCGGGCUCUGAUGUUGUUAGCAUGAAAUGCAAGGCGGACCGUGUAGAUGGGGGCUAUAUUGUGAAUGGUAACAAGAUGUGGUGCACAAAUGGUCCAGUCGCUCAGACAUUGGUCAUUUAUGCAAAAACAGACAUCAAAGCUGGCUCAAAAGGAAUUACAGCAUUUAUCAUCGAGAAGGGAAUGCCAGGAUUUAGUACUGCCCAGAAACUUGACAAACUUGGGAUGCGAGGAAGUGAUACAUGUGAGCUUGUCUUCGAGAACUGUUUUGUUCCAGAAGAAAAUGUACUUGGGCAGGAAGGAAAAGGAGUUUAUGUCAUGAUGUCAGGGCUUGAUCUAGAGAGGCUUGUUUUGUCUGCUGGGCCUCUGGGUAUCAUGCAGGCUUGUCUAGAUGUUGCUCUACCAUAUAUCCGACAAAGAGAACAAUUUGGCCGUCCAAUUGGGGAAUUUCAAUUUAUACAGGGGAAGGUUGCUGAUAUGUAUACUUCUUUGCAAUCUUCAAGGUCUUAUGUAUAUUCUGUUGCAAAGGAUUGUGACAGCGGAAAAGUUGAUCCUAAGGAUUGUGCUGGAGUCAUACUCUGUGCAGCUGAAAGGGGAACCCAAGUUGCUUUGCAGGCUUUACAAUGUUUAGGUGGCAACGGGUACGUAAAUGAGUACCCGACUGGCCGUCUUCUUCGAGAUGCCAAACUCUAUGAAAUUGGGGCAGGGACAAGUGAGAUCAGAAGAAUGAUAAUUGGCCGAGAACUAUUUAAGGAGUGAUAGAAAUCAUGCCCGUAUGUUGCUGUCUGAAGCAUAAUGUGGCAGUAGAGUAAAUAAAAUCUUAUUUUUCCUUACAUAUUCUGAAAUGUAAAAAAAUCUUUUACCUAGGAAAAGGCCAUUCUGAUAUAAAAAAAAAUCAUCAAUUUUAUGUUCAAA